UCAAAUCAUUUUCAUAAAAUUAAAAAAAAAAUGGAAUCAAGUUGUUGUGGAGAUUACAUGACGGCGGCGUCACCGGAGAUGGCGACGGUGACGGGAUCAGAAUCAAUAGCGUUGAGACUUCUCUGUGUAGUCUUUAUCAUUCUCUUCUACGGAUCGAUAAUUCUUCUCUGUUUCGUAAUGUACCCGAAGCUACCGAAAGAAGAAAUCGGCGACGAAGAAGCCGGUGAGCCGUUACCUCCCGCCGUGAGACUCACGAAAUGCGGCGGUGGAGACGGCGGAGACGGUGACGGAGUUAAAGCUGACGUGUGUGUGAUUUGUUUGGAGGAUUUCAAAGUAAACGACGUCGUUAGAGUUCUUGUGAGAUGCAAGCACGUGUUUCACGUGGAUUGUAUAGAUUCGUGGUGUUUUUAUAAGCUGACGUGUCCGAUUUGUAGAGCUCCGUUUCAGUGGUUUGGUGGUGAUUGGUAGAGGGAGAGGAGUGGAGGUUUAGAGUUUAAUGUUCGGUAUGAUCCGGUUUAAUCCCAAUUUCGAUAUUUUUACUGUCUUUGGGAUUUAGAAAAUUUAAGGAUGGUCUUAAAAAAUUUCUAUCCGGUGGUUGUAUCGUGAUGUAUGUGUGUAUAUAUUUGGAAAGGAUAAUUAUAGAUUUAUAGGAACGAAAUCUACGGAUUACGGUAUUUUUGUAACACUAUACCGAUUGUGGUUUGGUUUCAAACUUUGCGGUAAUCUAUGUUUAAUUUUAAAUAAGAUGAAAUUUUCGAA